GCGGGCGGACUUCUGGAAAGGUGCUUGUGCCUGGGGCUGGCCGCAACCUCAGCGAACCGCUCCCGACUUCUGGCCACUCGGAGAGGACCUAGGAGGCCGGAAUUCCCGGCCCUGCGUCUCUGGGGUUCGAAUCUGGUCCCACCACCCCUCCGAAUGCCGUGCUCUGUCAGUCGCUCUUAGUUGCAAAGCUUGUGGGAGAAAAGCAAGAACCCAGCCGCGAGCUACGAAGAUCCCGAGCACAAGAGGAAGCCCUCACCCUCCUCAGGGUCUUCACGUCCCGUUUGGCUCAUCUUGCAGAUUUGUGGAAAGAGAGGGGCAGGAGUUGGACGUAAGAGACAAGCUAGAAUGGAGCCGGCGAGGGUGAGACGAAACCCUUCUAAGUGAUUCGCUUGGGAAAUUAGAGUAAUAGAGGAAAGAAAAGGUUACUCAGUGACACUAUAUCCCUUUAUAAAAAUCAGUGGGACUGAAAAGAUCAGUGUGCAAAAUAUACGUGACAGGACGCCUUUAUUUCUUUCUUCUAUGUGAUGCAACUUUAGCGUGAAAAAAUUGAAAGAUGGUCGCAACACAGGUCCGGUAUAUCAAGAGCCGGAGCUGGGAGUCUGCGGCGUCUGGCGUCUUUCAGCUCAUCAGCGGAUUGCAGCGUGGGAAAAGUUACCACGACGUAUUUUCGGGGACUCAGGCACCCAGCGCUCACAGGCUAGCGGGACAAACCUCGCGAGAAGGCGCGGGAGUCCGGCCAACACUGAGGUCGGCCCCCGGGGCCGGAAACAAGCGGGUCCUGCCGGAAGUAGUGCUUACUCGGUGCACGUGGGCCGCAGAAUGGCGGCUCACCGCUCGGGCCCGCUGAAGCACCAGAAUAAACCUCAUAAAGGCUGGCGGCACCACGGCGGUGCGUCCGCACAACGGGACAGUAAAGGACGUGUAGGACCGAAAAUCUUGUCCAAGAAGCUGAAGAAGCAGCCCAGCCGAGUAGACCAGAGGCAUCGCGCCAGCCAGCUCCGAAAGCAGAAAAGGGAGGCGGUUCUGGCAGAGAAGAGGCAACUGGGCAGCAAGGAUGGCCCUCCUCAUCAGGUGCUCGUGGUGCCUCUGCACAGCAGGAUUUCCCUUCCAGAGGCAUUUAGACUGCUUCAGAAUGAAGACUUGGGAACAGUGUACUUGAAUGAAUGGGGAAACACCCAUACCUUUAUGCUUCUAAGUCCUGUUUUGAAACAUCGGUGGUUUUUCACAUAUGCAAGACCAGGGGAUCUGCAUACUGUAUUAGACAUGGCUAAAGUUGCUGACACCAUCCUAUUUCUCCUGGAUCCACUAGAAGGCUGGGACAGCACUGGGGAUUACUGUCUGUCUUGCCUCUUUGCUCAGGGCCUUCCCACCUAUACACUAGCUGUCCAGGGGCUUUCUGGCCUCCCACCAAAGAAACAAGUAGAUGCCAGAAAAAAGCUAAGUAGAACAGUGGAGAAACGCUUUCCUGAUGACAAGCUCCUGUUGCUGGACACCCAACAGGAGGCAGGACUACUGCUUAGACAGUUGGCUAACCAAAAGCAGCGGCAUCUUGCUUUUCGAGAUCGGAGAGCUUACUUAUUUGCCCAUGUUGCUGACUUUGUGCCUAGUGAGGAGAGUAACUUAGUGGGCACCUUGAAAAUCUCAGGCUAUGUUCGUGGAAGGACUCUGAAUGUAAAUAGUUUGCUGCAUAUUGUUGGACAUGGUGAUUUCCAAAUGAAUCAGAUAGAUGGACCUGUGGACCCUUUUCCUUUAAAUCCUAGAGUGAUUAAAUCCCAGAAGAAACCAAGUGUGGCAAUGGAGAUUUGUGCUACAGAUACUGCAGUCGACAUGGAAGAAGACCUUAAAGUUCUGAUGAAGGCAGAUCCUGAUAAACAGGAGACUUUACAGACAGAGGUUACUCCAGAUCCGAUGGAAGGGGAGCAAACCUGGCCCACAGAGGAGGAAUUGGAGGAGGCAAACGACUUAUUAUUGAAGCAACGUUCCAGGGUGGUAAAGAAGGUCCCUAGAGGAACAUCCAAUUACCAGGCUGAAUGGAUUUUGGAUGAAGGUGGUGAAAGUGUUGGGGAAAGUGAUGAAUAUGAUGAUCUACAACAUGAAGAUUUUAUGGAAGAGGAGUCUGAGGAUGAGAGUGGCGAGGAGGAAGAGGAAUGUGAAACCAUGACUCUGGGGGAGUCUGUGCGUGAUGAUCUGUAUGACGAGAAAGUAGAUGAGGAGGCCGAGGAGAGAAUGUUGGAGAAAUAUAAACAAGAGAGAAUGGAAGAGAUGUUUCCGGAUGAAAUGGAUACCCCCCGUGAUGUGGCUGCUAGAAUUCGAUUUCAGAAAUAUAGAGGCCUCAAGAGUUUCAGGACAUCUCCUUGGGACCCUAAGGAAAACCUUCCUCAAGAUUAUGCUCGGAUUUUUCAGUUUCAGAAUUUUAUUAAUACUAGAAGAAGAAUCUUCAAAGAGAUUGAGGAAAAAGAUGCUGAAGGAGCUGAGGUCGGCUGGUAUGUCACAAUUCAUAUCUCUCAUGUCCCUGUCUCAGUGGUUGAGCAUUUCAGGCAAGGAGCACCCUUGAUUGCAUUUUCUUUACUACCUUAUGAACAGAAGAUGUCAGUAUUGAACAUGGUGGUGAGUCGGAACCCUGGCAACACGGAACCUGUAAAGGCCAAAGAAGAACUGAUCUUCCAUUGUGGAUUCAGGCGCUUCCGAGCCUCGCCUUUAUUUUCUCAGCACACAGCAGCUGAUAAACAUAAAUUUCAGAGAUUCCUGACUGCUGAUGCGGCCUUAGUGGUGACAGUGUUUGCGCCAAUCACUUUUCCUCCUGCAUCUGUGCUACUUUUCAAGCAGAGAAGCAACGGAAUGCACAGCCUCAUUGCUACAGGCCACCUGUUAUCAGUGGAUCCAGACAGGAUGGUCAUCAAGAGAGUUGUUCUGAGUGGUCAUCCGUUCAAAAUUUGUACUAAGAUGGCAGUGGUGCGUUACAUGUUCUUCAACAGAGAGGAUGUGAUGUGGUUUAAGCCUGUGGAACUGAGAACCAAGUGGGGCCGCAGGGGACACAUCAAGGAGCCUCUAGGUACCCAUGGCCAUAUGAAGUGCAGUUUUGAUGGGAAGCUAAAAUCUCAGGAUACAGUAUUAAUGAAUCUCUAUAAGCGAGUUUUCCCCAAAUGGACUUAUGAUCCAUAUGUACCAGAGCCAGUACCGUGGGUGAAAAUUGAGAUCUCCUCAGCAGCAUCUGAAGUGGACAUGGAAUAAUGGAUUCAGUGGAUUCUGUCUGCUGCAGCCAGAACUUAGUGUGGGUUGUGACAAGGCAGUCUGCUUUCUAUUUCAGCUGUUUCUACUAUUACUUGGUCGCCAAAUUAUAACUCUUACUAAAAUAUUCUCCAUUAGAAUUUUGAAAACAAUUUUCAUCUAGAGACAAUUCAUGAAUUUAAACGGAAAUAGUCUGGUAAGGACUUUCAGCCUGCUUCACCCAGUUUAGGGAGGUUAGGUCUACAUUCCCACCACUGAGUACAAUACAGAUGUUCUUCACUUCUGGAGAGACUGUUUGGAAAUGCUGGGAUAGCACUGCAGCCAAUCCAACACCAGCAGUAGGCUCAAUGAGCAGUUUCAUUCUCUCCCACACCAGUUGGGUUGCAUGCUGUUGGCACAGAAAGGAGUAAGGAUUAAUGAAAAACAAUAUAGUAGGUUAAGUUCUGAACACCAAAUGAAGUAGAUGUUUGGGUUUGUUUCGAUGACUGUGCUUGCUAAUAAAGUGCAUAUACAAGUCA